UCUAUAUUCUCUAUAAGUGUGUAAAAUUUAAUACUCCUCCGUCCGCGCAAUUUUCGUAAAAAGGGAUACAAAGUUUUCGCUUCACGUAUUAAUAUAUAGAUUAGAUUCAUUGAAGUUAGUUAACCUGUACUCAUUUAUCAAAGCGCCUGCAAUGACGCAUAGCAACACAAGAGUUUUUAUUGUUUGUCACACUUAUUAUGAGCCAUUGAAAAAUAUACUCGUAUGUAUAACCUUAUUGUUUGACAUUAUAACUAUAGAAUUUGCUUACAAAUACAUUAUUGAAAAGUACAAUCACUUGGUUUCAUUAUUUAUAUUUCAUUUAUUAGUGCCGCUUCGUAUUCUAAAACAAUUUACGAUAAUGAACUAAGAGUUAUAAACAACGAUGUACAUUUAAGUAUGUAAAAAAAUAAGGACAAAUAUUAUUAUUUUUUCAAUAUAAUUAUCAAAAAAUAUUAUUUAUAAUGUUUCUGCACUGGAUUGAUGGACGAUGAAUGGAUAAACCUGUGCGCUCUAUGAUUACUGAAGCUCAUAGACAUGUCCAUAUAAAUGAGAACCAUAUAGGGAAAUCAGGUCGAAAUUUUAACUGUAUCAUAAAAAUAACUAUACCACUCUACAAUCGAGGCAAUAAACGGAUGGAAGCGAUGGUUUUUUUUUGUUUUUUGGCCGGGGGGCCGAACCUCCUACGUGGUCUCCGCGCCUAGGGGUCGCGCAGUAUGCGGGACUGGUCUGCGACUGCGAACCGCGGGCCCAAGGAUGUUUUAGGGCCCUACCGCACUAAACGAUUCCCCGGCACUCUUACACCCGACGUCCGAUCUUCGCCUGGGGUCCUUAAUCCGGUCAGAAUAUGGGGGUUCCCGCGGUCAACACUACACCAGACUCGUGGCGUCACCCCAAGAACGCUCGACCGACGGGUCGUCGAGACGAUAGUCGACGACCAACGACAGAGGUCUCCACCUUACGGCGGCUCUACCAGGCCGCCCGGGCGAUGCCGUUAGUGUUCUCGGAUACCCCGCUGGGUUAGAACCAGCCUCCUGCGUUGGAACGCGAUACACCGCCAACCGGGUUGCUCUUUCAUAGUAUGUUUGGCGACGCAUCGUCCUAUCCUCUUGGUGCCAGCGCGGUGCAGUGACGGCAGCGUGCAGCGCAGCCCCAGCCUCCUCAGGUCGCCCCGUGGUCAUCACCGGGAGGAUACCACGACUCGAGAACGGCACGCCAAGAUUGAAGCUACCGGGCUCGAACUUCUGUCGCCACCAGUCCCACCUCUAGACCCAGUCUUCGGAUCCUGCCGAUGACGAAGGCCACGCUUGCACAGGAAAGACAGGCUGACUCGCGCAAAUCCUUCUCCCAGGCCACGACCAGAUUGUCGUCCGCGUAAUAAACCAGGAACAAACCCGCUCAGACCCGGGAGAGGAGCACGAAGGGUGCCCCACAGGACUCAAUCAUAGCCGAUGUUCCACAAGAGAGGGCCAAGGACUGACUCUGUGGAACCACGCUCGACCUGGAAGCGGAGCACCGUCCAGACCGAUGCAAAUACUUACACGCCAUUGCGUUCAGAGUUAUAAACGAAUGUGUGAUGAUAGAACAUUACUUGAACAUAUUCAAACAGCAUACUUACUAAUCACUAGUAGGAAUUAAAGUUUUGAAUAUUUCGUGGUAUCAGUCCUCGUCUCUUUACUGGUGGUAGGAUCUCUUGUGAGUACGCACGGGUAGGUACCACCACCCUGCCUAUUUCUGCCGUGAAGCAGUAAUGCGUUUCGGUUUGAAGGGUUUUGCAGCCGUUGUAACCAUACUGAGACCUUAGAACUUAUAUCUCAAGGUGAGUGGCGCAUUUAUGUUGUAGAUGUCUAUGGGUCCCAGUAACCACUAUAACAUCAAGCGGGCUGUGAGCUCGUCCACCCAUCCAAGCAAUAACAAAAAUAAAACAAAACGGGAAUGUAGAUUUGCUCUCUGCUAAAAUAAAUAUAAUUGUGCUACUAGCUUCACCAGCUUAUCAUCAGUGCUCAACUAAAAUCGAAGGAAUGUCCUGUAUAACUUGGAAAGUGACUACACCGACUAUUGAUGUGACAACGGUGCACACCUCCACGCCAUAGCUGGUAUAUAUACGAUACGAAUUCUUCGAAAGGAUUCAGUCGCACGUUACAAAAUGAUAUUAACUAUAAUAUUCAUUCUGAGUUUAUGUGUUUAUAUUCUCUAUAGGAUAUCUACAAGGAAAUUUGAUUAUUGGCAAAAGAAGAAUGUGAAUUACGUACAGCCGACUCCUUUCCUUGGAAACUACUCUGGGUACAUACUUCUAAAGGAAAACUUAUUGGACGUGGUGUAUAAUUUGAGUAAAUUGUUUCCAAAUGAUCCCUACGUUGGUGCAUUCUUCGGCACAAAGCCCACUUUAAUCGUUAAGGACCCUGAGUUCAUCAAACUCGUGUUGACAAAGGAUUUUUUUUACUUCACCGGCAAAGAGUGCUUCGAGUACACCCACAAAGAAGUCAUCACGCAGGGCAUCAUUUUCACGUACGGCGACCGCUGGAAGGUCAUCCGACAAAACGUGACGCCGCUUUUCUCUUCUUCAAAAAUGAGAAGCAUGUUUCGCAUUAUCGAACAUUGUUCUGGUGUUUUCGAGAAUUUGCUGGAUGAAGAAUCUUUAGCACCCGAAGUUGAAAUGAAAUCUUUAAUGUCGCGGUUCACAAUGGACUGCAUAGGCGGUUGUGUGUUCGGAGUAGACAUUAAUGCGAUGCAGGAACCCAAGGAUAACAUCUUCACAACUAUGGGAUGCCUUUUCUUGGAGACCACCACCUCCCGAGGUAUAAAAAACGUUGUCAAAGCUAUCUGGCCGGAAAUAUUCUAUGGACUAGGUUUCAAAGUAUUUCCAACGGAUAUACAUAAGUUUUUCAGUAAACUUCUAGUAAGAAUUUUCGAAGCACGGGACUACAAGCCUUCCGAACGUACCGAUUUCGUCGACCUGUUGUUAAAUUUGAAGAAGAACAGACAUAUCGUCGGCGACCGCUUGCAAAAGAUUAAAACAGGAGACGAAGGAGCAGACAGUAAAUUAGAACUAGAAGUGAAUGAUGAUCUGUUAGUUGCACAAUGCGUUUCAUUCUUUAUCGCUGGUUUUGAAACUUCAUCCAAUUCUUUAACCUUUACUUUGUACGAGCUGGCAAAGAAUCCAGAUGUUCAGAAAAGAGCGCAGAAAGAAGUAGACGAAUACAUUAAGAAGCACAACAAUAAACUAGAUUAUGAUUGCGUGAAGGAGCUCCCGUUUGUGGAGGCGUGUAUAGAUGAAGCGCUACGUUUGUAUCCUCUUUUUGGGGUAAUAUCAAGACAAACAGGGGAACGAUACACAUUCCCGACCGGCCUGACUCUCGACAAAGGAGAUCGCGUUCAUAUUCCCGUAUAUCAUCUGCAUCACGACCCGGAAUACUUUCCGGAGCCCGAGCUCUUCAAACCAGAGAGGUUCUAUGGGGAAGAGAAGAAGAAUAUCAGGCCCUUUACGUAUUUGCCAUUUGGAGCUGGACCUCGGGUUUGUAUUGGCGAGAGAUUUGCGAAGAUGCAGAUGUUGGCCGGCCUGGUGCCCAUACUGAAGAGGUACACGGUGCGUCUGGCCGAGGGAAUGCCGGAGACGAUCAACUUCGAACCGAAAGCAAUUGCCUCGCAGCCCAACAUUGGAGUACGACUGAAUCUCUUGCCUAGAAACAAUUAAUACUGGCGGGGGCAUAUUUGACGCGAUUACUUUUAACAUUAAUGUUGUACUUACUCAGGUUUCCAUUUAUUUAUGACGUAAAAGGGUGAAUGAGCAUACGGCCGGCCUGGUGUUAAAUGGUUCCGGAAGCCCAUAGACAUCAACAAGGAGAAUGCCGCCAGCCAUUUAGAACCAUGAGGUUUGAGUUUUACUCACCUACUCGUCCGCGCGUAACUGGAAUAGCCAAAGGGCUAUUCCAGUUACGCGUUAGUUAACCUAAAGAGGUUACCAACGAAUAGGUAGGGAAAAAGGAAGUAAUUAGAUUUAUAAAGUUAACACAUGUUAGACCUCUGUACUGCCUCCAACACACAGCUUUGGAUCUUUAGAGGGGUAGUGUUUUUUGACAAAAAUGUCGACGGUUUUGUUGGUGUUAAUUACAAUUAAUUAAUUAAUUACGCAAGCCUCUUUUCUCGGCAGCCAAACAGAGAUCCUCAAGCUUUGUGCAUCUGAUCCAAAGUCGGCGUCAUCGACAUUAAAGGUCCUCUAAGAUAUUUUCGCUCUAUUCAAUGUCCCGUUGUAUAGUCACUACUUCUUGCUUCAUGACCAGUAAGUUUUCUGGGGAGUUCCAUAUCCAAUCAGGGUGACUCGUACGAGGAUAUAGAUACACGAAUCAGGAAAGCCAGGGGUGCGCUCGCACAGUUGAAACCAAUCUGGGAGUCAAGUACCAUAACUCACCGGAUCAAAUUGACCCUGUUCGACUCCAUUGUCAAAAGUCUUCUUCUGUCUAGACGUAAGACCUGGAAAGUGACCAAGACACUCAAUGACUCCACUAGACUCCGAUUUGUAGGAUGGGACAGCCGCAGUACAAAUUUUAAUGCCGCGUCCAUUAUUUCGCAAGUUUUGUCUUUCAGACUAUUCAUUUGUCCAGUUUAUCACCUUUUUGGAAUCUCGGUCACCUAAACAAUAGUUUUUGGAGAAAAUAAAAUCAAUUUUUAUUAAUGAUGACAGUAAUAUUAAUACAUACAUUACAAAAACACGAAUUACAAUUUGUAACGUAGGAAUAUAUAUUUUUUUUAUAAUUGAGCGAUUACUGUUGGCCUUGAGGCCUUUCCAGUUUCACAAGGACAGGCGGGCGAGCAAGGGCUCAGCCAGGUAGGGUGGGCUUUGCUAACAGCUAAGUGCCUUAAAAGGGACACCUAACAACUCAAGAGUAACUGCUUCGCUAAUGAAUUUACUACCGGAUCGAAAUCGUGACUCGCUGAA